UUUUCUCCCUUUGUCAUUCCAGCUGACUGCAGCCUCCGCAGCGUUUCUCUCCUCUUUCUCUCCCCUCUUUUUCCUUCUGCGAUAUUUGUUUGCGACUUCAAAGCAGAAGGCUCACUUGGGACCUGCCUUGCUGAUCCAUGGCAUCCCCCAGAACCAUAACUGUGGUGGCCCUCUCUGUGGCCCUGGGACUCUUCUUUGUUUUUAUGGGAACUAUCAAGUUAACUCCCAGGCUCAGCAAGGAUGCCUACACUGAGAUGAAACGUGCUUACAAGAGCUAUGUUAGAGCCCUUCCUCUGCUCAGGAAGAUGGGAAUCAACUCAAUUCUUCUCCGCAAAACCAUUGGCAUCCUUGAAGUGGUCUGUGGCAUCAUCAUGACCCUAGUGCCUGGACGUCCCAAAGAUGUGGCCAACUUCAUACUACUCUUGCUGGUGUUGGCUGUGCUCUUCUUCCACCAGCUGAUUGGUGAUCCUCUCAAGCGCUAUGCCCAUGCCUUGGUGUUUGGAAUUCUGCUUACCUGCCGCCUGAUGAUUGCUCGUAAGCCUGAAGAACCGUCUUCUGAGAGGAAACCCUCACCAGGGAAAAUUACCAAAGCUGAGGAUCAGCCCACUUUAUAUGAGAAGGCCCCCCAGGGUAAAAUGAAGUUGUCAUAGUAAAAUGGAAGUACAAAGGAAGUGAUUAAUGUGGACCCUUCCAGACAGUUGCCUCUGUAAUACCCAGAAAGAUGUCAGUGUGUGUUUUUCAUUUGAUGUAUUUAUCUUGGGGGAAAGGGAAACAUUUAAUUUUCAGUUUAAUAGCGCUUUGGCUUGUGUACAUGUAUACUCUGAAAUGACCUUCCCUCAUAGACCUAUACAGUGCACCAACUUUUAUCACUCUGGAGCAACUCACAUCUUGCGGCUUGUACAUGGCUAACUAUUGAAAUGUGUUUGGGGGAUGGACUCCAGCAAGGAUGUGAUUUUGAGAUUAUAUGUAGGAAAAUGUAUUUACUGUAUGUGUAUUUCUGCCCAUGUACAUAUAGACAUAUGCACGUGUGGAGCUCUGAUCUUGAAUUAAUCCUGCCCAGGCAUCCUUACCCUUUUUUGCAAAGGCAGUAUCUCUUGUAAGAAGAAUCUUUUCUUAGAAAGCACAUCAUGUAUUCAUGUGGGUGAAGAAAUCUUUCAAUAGGUUAGGCUGAAAUUUUAACCCUACCAAUUUAGAAAACAAUUCCUUCAAUUUGGUAUCCUGAAUUAUAUGUAAAAUGGAUUGCACUCAACUUUAAUAGUUGUA